AUGGUCUGGCCACUGUUGGCCAGUUUGCGCGACUAUUGCGCUAAUUGCUCCUUGGCCGGUAUCAGCUAUAUUGCCAAUAACAAACUGCAUUUCAGCGAACGUUUAUUCUGGCUAUUUUGCGUUAUAUUGUCUGCUUACGGUUCGUACAGUCUGAUUUCCACCUUUGAGCGAGACUUUGAGUUGUUCGCUGUGAGCAUUGUCUUCGAGAGCCUGACGCCGUAUGAUAAAAUUUUUUUUCCCAGUGUGGCGGUCUGUGAGACAAUGGAGAAAGAUGGCACCACAGCACCGGUGGAGGAGUUUAUAAAAAAUUGGCCAGAUGAUUACGAGUAUGAUAUCGAAAUAUUUGUUUUGAAACUACUCUUUCCACAUGAAUACAACUCUGGCAAUGCGAAAGCGCACUGCUACGAAAAGGAGGGCACUGAUACCGAAUGUCCGCAUGCGGGCUAUCGAGAGCUAAUUGGAAUGCUCCACCAGAAUUGCUCUUACGUACUAUUGGAAUGUUCGUUGGGUGGUAAGGCAUUCAAUUGUUGCCAUUACUUUGUUCCAUUUCAAACACCGUAUGGCAUUUGUUUUCUACUGAAUUCGCUACAAAAUAACCAUCCCAACAGCGAAUAUUGGUUCCCAAAUGUGGUUGAAGACAAUCAUGCUGCAGCAACAAUGCGUCUAGUUACCCAAGUGGCAAUGGAGGUUUUCGUGAUCAAUAAAGAGGAUAUUCCCUACGCCAACUUGGCUGGCAUUACUGUGAAGAUAGCUACGCCUGGCAAGCAUACGGACUUUCGAAUUUCGCUGCAAGAAAUGGUCAACGAUCCGGAUGUACAUGAAGUGAUACCAGAACACCGAGGUUGCCGCUUUCCCCACGAGGUCACACCGCAUUCAUCCUUCCGUGCCUACAGCUUCAGCGCCUGUAUGGUCGAUUGUAUACGUUUGCUGCAAAUGCGUUACUGUAACUGCACAAUGUACAAUUUGAUGCCGGUGCCGAGGAAAGAUAUGCCCGAUUGCGAUUACAGUGGCUACUUGUGUUUGGAGAAGGAGACGAAGGCUACACCGGAUAUCAAAAUGUUGCUACCCUGGCCGGAGAAUAAUGAAACUUGUGAUUGCUUGCCAUCGUGCGUUGAGCACGAUUUGCGUUCGGUGAUGGAGUAUAGUCCGAGCAAUCGCAAAGGCGUCAACAACCGCAGCAUUGCAAUUAGUCUCUCGGAUCGUCCCACUGAGCGUUAUAGGCGUCAAGCGAUCCGUACUCGCUUGGACGUUGUGGUCACCAUUGGCGGCAUACUGGGCUUGUUUUUGGGCGCUAGCAUUCUCAGUCUCAUAGAGUUUAUUUACUAUUUCACUCUGCGGCUUUAUAAUAACAUCCGCAUGUCGCGAAGCAGUAGCCGUAACAGGGGCAAGGUUAAGGCUAAUCAGCGCGCUGUAAACAAUCGCAAAGGCGUCAACAACCGCAGUAUUGCAAUUAGUCUCUCGGAUCGUCCCACUGAGCGUUAUAGGCGUCAAGCGAUCCGUACUCGCUUGGACGUUGUGGUCACCAUUGGCGGCAUACUGGGCUUGUUUUUGGGCGCUAGCAUUCUCAGUCUCAUAGAGUUUAUUUACUAUUUCACUCUGCGGCUUUAUAAUAACAUCCGCAUGUCGCGAAGCAGUAGCCGUAACAGGGGCAAGGUUAAGGCUAAUCAGCGCGCUGUAAAGUAUUGA